AACUCAUUACAACCAAACCCUGGGGUCUGUCAUGCGGGAUAUGCACGAUGACAGUACCAUGGAGUUUCUGCCGGUCUUUCCGUCUUCUGCCUCUCCUUCUGGCUCUGAAGAUGCACACCGCACAUGCGGCUCCCGAUUUCUCUACUGGUGCAGCUCAUGCUGAGGGACCAGAAUCAGGGUGAAGAGGCUGCGGAACAGUGUAUCUUCACAGUAUUCUGAAGAACCACACGGCUCAUGCAUGUGAAGGAGACAUGCUCAUCAUCGAGUGUCCCUCCAGGACGUCUGUGGCAGUCCUGUCAGCUUUCUAUGGACGGCGUGUUCCUAAUCAGCACUUGUGCCCCUCUGCGAACACCAACACAACUGUGGAGGAGGACACGGCGUGCACUUCACCAAUUGCCAUCGAGAAAGUGCUGUCAGAGUGUCAAGAUCGCCGUUCCUGUCACAUCCCUGUCCUCAGUCCAGUGUUUGGGCAGGACCCCUGUCCACUCACCAGCAAGUACCUCCUAGUCUCCUACAAGUGCAGACCAGAGCACCACCGCACAAGACUCGUGUGUGAAAAUGAGCGUCUGAGGCUGAUGUGUAAAAAUGAGACCGUCCUCGCCAUCUACUCAGCCACGUUUGGACACCUUCUGCAUGGCAGUCCUCACUGUCCUCACGAAGCUGGAUCACAAAAUGACAUGGAGUGUCUGUCACCUACGGCCCUGAGGAAGGUGUCCCGCAGGUGUCACGGCAGAUCAAACUGCUCAGUCCUGGCCGAUACUCAAACCUUUGGGGACCCCUGUUUCCCCGGCACCAGGAAACACCUGCGGGUGUCCUUCACGUGUGUUCCCCGGUAUCUUCUGGAAGAUGUGGGCAGAGGUUCAACCGAUCCUUUCAUGAUUUCGGACUACACACAUGGUGGAUGGUACACUGGCCCCACCUACAGGCCUCAAAAUGUGCUCUUAACCAACUCUCUGGAGAUCAUUGAAAAAAUUUUGGGUCUACCAGAGAAAGUGGCUUUGUAUUUCGUCUCCGGCAUCUGUGCUGGUCUGAUUUUUCUGCUCUGCGUGUUUGGUCUGCGCUCCACACUAGUGAGAGAUGUUAAAGAUCUGGUUUCUGACUUGAACUAUGAGCUGAAAGCAUCUCGCAGACAGCGCAAGGAGCUCAUGGAGGACCUCUACGAUGAUGAGAUCUCAGACACGUCGUCCUUCUGUCGACUCACGCAGUCCUACCGCACAACUGACAUCUUCAGUCCUUCCACGUUGACAGUAGAGAUGGUUGAUCGUGGAGUUGAGCAGACAAGGGAUCUGCCCAAUGGAGACAUUUGGCCACACCGAGACUCCAGCCCUUAUGCCAUUCACAAGAUUAAAACCUACAACAAUUGACAGAAGUCAUGUAUUAGUGAAGCUACUUUUACAGCAUGUUCUGCCAUACAAUUUAAGUUGCAAACUGACAUUAUUCUACUUAAAUGAACAUUUGUUUUACUUUUAAAUGAACAUAACUGUGCCUCCAUAUCUGUGUUCUGUCAUUCAUAAAAUGUCAUAAAAGAUAAUGAGUCAAAUACAUGAAGUCCUAACAUACUAGGUGAUUAAUCAUUAUUGGGACUGACAUCUUUACAUUCAUUUCAAAUGUGAUAUUAUUUUAUAAAAUAACACAGAGGUCUGAGCUCAUAUUUAGUAAUGGUGUUGUACUGGACUGCACCCCCAACACACCUCACACAGUGUCACCAGGACUGAACUUUAUGUGCUUUGUAAAGAGAGAUGUUAUGGCUGAGCUGUUGUAUUGCAUUGCAAUAGAUGCAGGUUUACCUAAUAAAGUGGCCACUGAGUAUACA